AUGGCCGCGCACGUUCAUGGCGUCAAAUGUGUUCUUCUCUGGGUGCUCCGAGGUAAUGUGGGAGACGAGGUUCGAGUAUCCACUUCCAGUCUGAGCACGACGUACGCCACAACGACAGGUCCAGUCAGUACUUCCAGGGGCAUUGCACGUGAAGAAGAGCUCGGCCAGCUGGCGCCCACGGAGGAUGUUGGGGUUGGCUCUGGCGCCAAGUGUCCCAAGAAGACGAAUUGCUGGACGCAUCUUGGGUACCUGCUGACGCUCCUAAAAACAUGUCGCCGCAAAGUCAUGGAGUACACCAUUGCAAGCCGCCCUGCGCAAGCGCCGGCGAUCAUGUGGUGGGUCAUCGCGUAUGUGAUGUCGCCAGCCGUCGACGCGAUCAACAUCACGUUCGUCAUGUUUAAGCGCCGCUGCUAG